AUGUUUGAAUCUCAAGCUUCAGUUAACCGGAAGAAAAGGAAGGAUUUCUUGGCUGAACGUAAAAACAAGGUGGUUAGACAUGCUUCUCCCACACAGAACACGCCAUUAACAACAACUCCUUUAUCAAAUAUUACCAAUGCGUAUAAAGAUCAUGGAGAUCAAAUAUACCAAUGCUCCAAGUGUAAUGCAUUGCUAUGGGAAGCAGAAAUGUUAAGGGGUAAUACGAAUGGAAAGAAAAUUGCGUUUAGCUUCUGUUGCAAAGGUGGUGAUGUCCAGCUACCACCAGUUUCCAAACCUCCAACUGUCUUACAAAAUUUGUUUACAAGGAACAAUCCCAUGUCCAACAAUUUCAUGAAACAUAUACGAGCAUAUAACAUGAUGUUUUCAUUCACAUCUAUGGGAGGUAAGAUCAAUCAAGGGAAUUUAAAAGGCAAAGGACCCUAUGUCUUUAGAUUACAAGGACAAAAUUAUCACCGAAUGGGUAGUCUGCUACCUGCCCAAGGUGAUGAACCAAAAUUCUCGCAACUUUAUAUAUUUGAUUCGAAAAACGAGGCGGAAAAUAGAGAAAAAGCUGUGAGUUCUGGCACUCAGAAGUCAAGAAUGAAAAAAAGUGAUCUCAAACGUGACACCAUCAACAUAUUAAAGAUGUUGUUAGAUUCUUGCAACCCUCUUGUGAAAUCAUUUAGGAUGGUAAGAGAUUGUGUUAAAGAUAAUGAUUGGCAAGAUGUAAGUCUCAAACUUAUUGCCAACAAAGAUAAAGAUGGUCGACUUUACAAUUUGCCAAAAACUUCAGAAGUAGCUGGAUUAAUAAUUGGAGACAUAGAUUCACUUGAACCUAGAGACAUUAUACUGAGAAAACAGUCAGGUGGUCUUCAAAGAAUUAGUGAGUUGCAUCCUUCUUAUUUGGCUCUUCAAUAUCCACUCAUCUUUCCAUUUGCAGAAGAUGGUUUCCGUCUAGGUAUCAAACACAGAGGCAUAACAGAAGAUUCAACCAAAAGGAGAACAAAAAUGACAAUGAGGGAAUUCUUUUGUUACAGAAUGCAAGACAGACCAAAUGAGUUUUCACUGUUACUUCAUGCAGGGAAACUGUAUCAUGAGUUCUUUGUUGAUGGUUACACAAUGGUAGAAGCUGACCGAUUGUCAUAUAUUAAAUGUAACGAGAAAAAACUCAGAACUGAUACCUUCCAAAAUUUGACAACGAAUAUCGAAAAUGGCACCAUUGAUGCAUCAGAGACUGGUAAGCGUAUAUUACUUCCUUCAUCGUUUACCAGUGGGAGCAGGUACAUGAUGCAAAAGUACUUAGAUGCAAUGGCUAAAUGCAAGUCAGUCGGAUAUCCAGAUUUGCUUAUUACUAUUACUUGCAACCCCAAUUGGCCCGAGAUUUACCGCUGUUUGAAUGACAAAAAUCUUACCCUCGAAGACAGGCCGGAUAUAAUAUCUAGAAUGUUCAAGAUUAAAUUGGAUGAAAUCAUAAACGAUUUCGUGGAAGAGGAAUUCUUUGGUCCGGUGCAAGCAGUUAUUUAUACAGUGGAGUUUCAAAAAAGAGGCCUACCUCAUGCUCAUAUUUGUUUGUUUUUGGCUCCCGUAAACAAGUUUCCACGUGCAACAGAUGUUGAUAAAUACAUUAGUGCCGAAAUACCAGACCCAAAAGAAGAUCCAGAGUUGUAUGAACUUGUCAAACAGUUCAUGAUGCAUGGACCUUGUGGAGCUGAAAAUCCCAACUGUCCUUGUAUGGUUAAAGGAAAAUGUACAAAGAAUUUUCCCAAGAAAUGGAAGGAUGAAACGGCUGUCGAUUAUGAAGGUUACCCUGUAUAUAGACGUCGUAAUUCAGGAAUAACCAUAGAAAAAAAUGGUAUUCCUCUUGAUAACAGCAUGGUGGUACCUUAUAAUGCUACACUUCUCCGAAGAUACCAAUGUCACAUUAAUGUAGAAUGGUGCAACCAAUCAGGCUCAAUCAAGUAUUUGUUCAAAUAUAUAAACAAAGGACCCGAUAGAGUUACAGCAACUGUGUAUCAAACCAAUGUAGAUGGUACAACAACUCAGAACAACAAACCUACAGAUGAGGUGAAGAAUUACCUGGAUUGCAGGUACGUUUCCGCUUCUGAAGCAGCUUGGCGAAUAUUCGGCUUUGAUAUUCAUUAUAGAUACCCUCCUGUUGAAAUCUUGCCAUUUCACUGUGAAAAUGAACAGAGCAUAGUAUAUGAUGAUGAAGCCCAGUUAUGUGAUGUUGUUUUAAAUCCAACUGUCAAUCAUUCAAAGUUCCUUCAAUGGAUGAAAUUAAAUGCAGAAGAUAAAUUUGCAAGAACCUUGAAGUAUGUCGAAAUGCCACAAUUUUAUGUUUGGAUACGUAGCAAAAGGAUAUGGAAACGAAGAACUGUUGAAGGAAAUGGUUCCAUAGGGAGGAUAUGCUAUGUCCCACCAUCUCUUGGUAAAGUAUAUUAUUUAAGAAUCCUGCUCAAUCAUGUUGUUGGACCAAAAUCUUACGAGGAAAUCAUAACAGUCAAUGGACGUAAAUGUGAUAGUUACAAAGAAGCAUGUUUCGAGUUAGGACUUUUAGAUGAUGAUAAAGAAUAUGUUGAUGCAAUUUUGGAAGCAUCUCAUUGGGCAACAUCAUCAUAUCUCAGAACCUUCUUUGUCCAAUUGCUACUUUCAACUUCUGUAGCACGGCCAGAUGUUUUAUGGAAGAAAACAUGUAAAGUUUUAAGUGAAGAUAUGUUACAUAUGCAAAGAAGAAUCUUAAACUGCCCAGGUUUGCAGCUUCAAGAAGAAGAUAUUCACAACCUCUGCCUAUCAUAUAUCGAGCAAUUGUUACUUAACAAUGGUAGUACCCUCAGAAACUUUCCCGACAUGCCUUUCCCCACUACAAAUUAUGUUGCAUCACUCAAUAACCGCUUAAUUGCCAAUGAACUGCUUUAUGAUAAAAGGGCACUAAGUAUUGAACAUCAACAGUUGAGUUUUCUUCGUUUAUGGAUAUGGAGGUACAGGGAAAGACAAAUUGUGCUAAAUGUAGCUUCAAGUGGAAUAGCAUCACUUUUACUAAGUGGUGGAAGGACUGCACAUUCAAGGUUUGUUAUCCCAAUUAACAUCACUGAAAACUCUAUUUGUUCCAUAGAUCCAAGCAGUGAAUUGGCAGCAUUAAUCAAGAUCAGUAAAUUGAUCAUUUGGGAUGAAGCUCCUAUGAUACACAAACAUUGUUUUGAAGCUCUUGAUAGAACAAUGAGGGAUAUUCUAAGAUCAACCCAACCAAACAACGAAGACAAAGUUUUUGGAGGCAAAGUAGUGGUCUUUGGCGGUGACUUUAGACAAAUCUUGCCUGUCAUACCAAAAGGAACCAGAAGCAUGAUUGUAAAUGCAAGUCUAAAUUCCUCAUAUAUAUGGCAUCAUUGUAAAGUGCUUAAAUUGACUGUCAAUAUGAGGCUAAAAGUUGGAACACAACAACAAGAUUUACAAGAGCUUUAA